GUGUCAUCAAAAAGGGAGAUUUUCGCAACAGAAGGAAAUCGCAAAUGAAAUUUUCUUCAAUAUUUUACCGUAAAAUCCCCAAUCUGUAAAACAACAUGACGAAAACCAGAUUCAACACCUACGAUGUGGUCUGUUCGGUGACGGAGCUGCAAAAGCUCGUCGGAAUGCGCGUGAACCAAAUCUACGACAUCGACAACAAAACCUACCUGAUCCGGUUAGCGCGGAACGAGGAGAAAGUGGUCCUGCUGUUGGAAUCGGGUAAUCGGUUCCACACGACCGCCUUCGAGUGGCCCAAGAAUGUCGCUCCGUCCGGGUUUACGAUGAAGUUGAGGAAGCACUUGAAGAACAAACGGCUGGAGAGUAUGAAGCAGCUGGGAGUGGAUCGAAUCGUGGAUUUCCAGUUUGGAGUGGGUGAAGCCGCUUACCACGUCAUCCUGGAGCUGUACGAUAGGGGAAACAUUCUGCUAACGGAUUGCGAUUUGAAGAUUUUGAACAUUUUGCGUCCCCAUGUGGAGGGGGAAGAGGUGAGGUUUGCUGUGCGGGAGAAGUAUCCGACGGAUCGGGCCAAGGAAGAUAAGGGCCCUCCAGCAAUGGAGAAGGUCAAGGAAGCAAUAACAAAGGCUCAUCCUGGGGAUACGUUGAGGACGGCUUUGAAUCCGAUUCUGGAAUACGGUGCCUCAGUGAUUGACCAUGUUCUGCACAAGUACGGGCUGUUUGGAUGUCGAAUUGGUGGCGAAUUGCCGGUGGACGCAGCGGCAGAGAUGCCUAAAAAGGUUAAGAAGAAGCAGAAGGCGAUUGCGAAGGAGUUUUCGAAGGUUUUCAACAUGGAAGAGGAUAUGACGGCGUUGAUGUGUGCGAUUAACGAUGCAGAAACGAUGCUGAGGAAGGCCAUGCAGGAACCGUCGAAGGGAUACAUCAUUCAAAAGAAGGACUUGAAGCCGUCUAAGGAUAAGGAGCAGGAAGAAUUUUAUUAUACAAACUUGGAGUACCAUCCGUUCCUGUACAAUCAGUACAAGGGGGAACCGGUGAAGGAAUUUGAUAGUUUUGCGGUGUCGGUUGAUGAGUUCUAUUCUACAUUGGAGGGUCAGAAGAUUGAUUUGAAGUCUUUCGCCCAGGAGAGGGAAGCGUUGAAGAAGCUGUCCAACGUCCGAACGGAUCAUGCGAAAAGAUUAGAUGAUUUGACUAAAGCGCAACUGGAAGAUCGAAAGAAGGCUGAGUUGAUUACAAGAAAUCAAAAUCUGGUGGACAGUGCCAUUCUGGCUGUUCAAAGUGCCCUGGCGGCGCAAAUGUCAUGGUCGGAUAUUCAGGAUCUGGUCAAAGCAGCACAGGCUAACAACGAUCCGGUUGCUUCUUGCAUUAAACAACUCAAGCUGGAAAUCAAUCACAUUUCUGUAAUGUUAAAAGAUCCGUAUGGUGCAUUCGAUGAAGAGUUUGAGGAUGACGAAGAUCGUGAAGAUGGCGAGGAAAAGCUUGAACCCAUGGUGGUUGAUGUUGACCUGGCUUUGACGGCUUUUGCCAAUGCCCGUCGGUUCUACGAUCAGCGCCGAUAUGCCGCUCGCAAGGAGCAGAAAACCAUUGAGUCGUCGUCGAAAGCUUUGAAGAAUGCCGAAAAGAAGACGAUGCAAACGUUAAAGGACGUCCGAACGCAAACAACGAUCUCCAAGGCUCGCAAGGUCUAUUGGUUUGAAAAGUUCUACUGGUUCAUCAGCUCGGAAAACUAUCUAGUCAUUGGUGGUCGAGACCAGCAGCAGAACGAGUUGAUUGUGAAACGUUACAUGCGACCAAUGGACAUCUACGUUCACGCGGAGAUUCAGGGUGCCUCAAGUGUUAUAAUCAAAAAUCCUUCCGGAGGAGAUAUUCCUCCCAAGACGCUCCUCGAGGCCGGAACUAUGGCUAUUUCGUACAGCGUUGCGUGGGAUGCGAAGGUCGUUACCAGUGCUUACUGGGUAAAGAGCGAGCAGGUCAGCAAAACUGCACCCACUGGAGAGUACUUGACUACCGGUAGCUUCAUGAUCCGAGGAAAGAAGAACUUCUUACCGCCUUGCCACUUGAUUCUCGGUCUGAGUUUCAUGUUCAAACUGGAGGAAAGUUCCGUUGAACGACACAAAGGUGAGAGAAAAGUGCGAACCUUCGAUGAAGCAUCGGUCAUAAGCAAGGAUGAUCGUUCCGAGAUUUCCGAAGUCCCUGAUCAGGAAAUCCAACUUGAAGAAGAAGAAGACUCCGAUCACGAUGAGAAAGGAGAGCCAGAAAACCCGGGAGCAACCGAAGAAAUUCAAGCACAAGUUGAAUCCAUCACGCUAAAGGAGGAAGAACAAUCGGCCGAAUCGGAUUCGGAAAGCGACGAAAGCGAUGGGCCAAAGUUCCCGGAUACGCACGUCAAAGUCGAACACGACACCGGAAAGGUAUCCGUUCAGCCAGCCCCGGUCCCGGUCCUUCAACGGGUCACCUCGAAACCGGAAGCGGAAAAUGUUAUCUCUUUCGGUGACAACCAACCUUUCAUCAUCACGCCUGCUCCACCCCGGAUGAAACAGAUUCAAAAGAGCAAGCAAAAGGCCAAGGAUAAGGAGCGUGCUCGGGAGGCGCAGGAAGUAGCUUCCAGAAACCAGAAGGAAGAACCGCAGAGACAAGGUCACCUCAAGCGCGGUCAAAAGGCCAAAAUGCGAAAGAUCAAGGAGAAGUACAAGGAUCAAGACGAGGAGGAACGCAAAAUGAUGAUGGAAAUUCUGAAAUCGGCAGGCAAUAAGAUUAAUCAAAAUCAAAAGGAAGAGGAAGCAGGCGGCAGCGAUCCGAAGAAGAACCCCGGCAAGAAACCGCAGCCUCGCUUGAAGCCGGGAGAGUUCGAAGAACUAGGCGACGAUACGCCAGCGGCUGCAGAUGUGGACAUGUUGGAAUCCCUGACGGGUCAACCGAUGGAGGAAGACGAGCUGCUGUUUGCCAUUCCGGUCAUUGCGCCCUACCAAUCGCUGCACAAUUACAAAUUCAAGGUCAAGCUGACCCCGGGAACCGGGAAGCGAGGCAAGGCCAGCAAGACGGCUUUGCAGAUUUUCCUCAAGGACAAGCAGUGCACAAAUCGGGAGAAAGAUUUGCUAAAGUCCGUCAAGGAUGAGACGCUGGCUCGUAAUAUUCCAGGAAAGGUUAAACUGUCCGCUCCGCAAAUGCAGAAGAUUAAGAAGUGAAGGUGCGGUUUGUGUCUUACUAAGUAAUGUGGUUUUCCUGCCCUUGCUGUUUCCACUGGUUUGUUAGUGCGUAGAGUAAAUCGAUUAAGAUGAUUUUUUU